CUCCGCUUGGAAACGUGGCGGCGGCGAGCGCUUGGACCGCUUACCGAUUCCAGCAUUCGACCAAGUCGUUGCUGCCGGUGUCUCCUCCUUUCCUUCUCAUCCUAGUCUCCAUUAUGGUCCGCAUAAUCAUAAAGGAGAACACCGAAGAUGAGGUGCUCAAGGCCGCCAUCGCAAAGUACGGGAAGAACCAAUGGGCCCGCAUAUCCUCGCUGCUCGUUCGGAAGACCCCCAAGCAGUGCAAGGCCCGGUGGUACGAAUGGCUCGACCCCUCCAUCAAGAAAACAGAAUGGUCCAAGACCGAGGACGAAAAGCUGCUGCACCUCGCCAAGCUCAUGCCCACCCAAUGGCGCACAAUAGCGCCGAUCGUCGGCCGCACUGCGACGCAGUGCCUCGACGAGAAGGAGAUGUUGUCGGAAGCCCGUGCUCGUUUGGCCAACACGCAAGGUAAGAAGGCAAAGCGGAAGGCUCGUGAACGUCAGUUGGAGGAGGCUCGGCGAUUGGCGGUGCUGCAGAAGAAGCGAGAGCUGAAGGCAGCUGGCAUCAUCAUGCGACACAAGACAAAGCGAAAGGGUAUGGACUACAACGCGGACAUCCCGUUCGAAAAGAAGGCUGCGCCCGGUUUCUACGACACCGCCGACGAGCAAGCCCGUGAGACGACCGCACCCGUUGGGCAGAGCCUCCGCCGCCUCGAAGGCAAGCGCAAAGCGGACGACCAGGAGGAGGAGCGUCGCAAGCGGCAGCGACAGGCAAAGGACAAAGAGGGUGGCGGCGGAGCGCCCCACCAAACCAAGUUUGUCGCCGCGCGUGAUGCGCAAAUCCAGAAGCUGAAGGAGGCGGAGUCGAUGGGGCGGAGGCGCAAGCUUGUGUUGCCUGCUGCGCAGGUGGGCGAGGCGGAGCUGGAGGAUAUCGUCAAGAUUGGGCAGGCGGGCGAGCAGGCAAAAGCGUUGGUUGCUGGUGGCAGCGAUGCGAGCAAUAGGUUACUGAGCGAAUUCGAGGGUCUGGAGAGGGCACGUAUGGCGCGGACACCGAGAACACAGGUACAACACGACAAUGUCAUGUCCGAGGCCCGGAAUCUACGCAAUAUGAUGGCCGCCCAGACGCCUCUGCUUGGCGACGAGAAUACACCCAUCCACGCAGACCCCACCGGAGGCACCGGCUUCGAAGGCGCGACGCCACGACACCAAGUCGCCAUCAACGGCGAGCAGUACUCAUCCGUGGGUGACACGCCGCGGGACCAGCGGAUGCGCAUGACAUCCGCGAAGCGCGCGCUCAAGGCGGGUUUCAUGAGCCUGCCGAAGCCCGAAAACAACUUCGAGCUGCUCGUGCCAGACGAGGAAGAGACGGAGGAGGAAGCGGAGGCGCGCGCGCUCGCCGAGGAGGACGCGGGGGAUCGGGAUGCGCGGCUGAGGAGGAUGCGGGAAGAGGAGGAGAGGAAGGCUCUGGCGAGAAGGUCGCAGGCGGUUCAGCGUGACUUGUCGCUCGACGAGGAGCCGAGCCAGUUCGCGGAUGCGGAGAAGUUCGUGCAUGAAGAGCUGGCAAGGCUUCUGCAGCACGACGCGCUCGCACAUCCUCUCCCUGGCACAGCACACCCUGGCGGCACACGGUCAGCGUACGAACUGCCACCGGACGACGCGAUGGACUUUGCCAAGUCGGCUGUCCGGGACGAGCUCGCUGCGGCACUUGGAUAUCCGGGCGCGAACGAGGAACAGCUCAGACAGGGCGUCUUGGCGAUCUCCGGUCAAGACGAAGUGGACGAGACGCUCUCGUGGGCGCACAUCCGGCAGCAGCUCGCGUACGACGCCAGCUCAAAGACGUGGAUCGAGCCCGAGAAGCUCACGGAGGCGGCGCGGAUAGCCGGGUACACCGCGCUGCUGGACGAGUCGCGGCAGGACAUGGCGAAGGAGGCGAGCAAGGCGGCGAAGGCGGAGAAGAAGCUGAACGUCACUCUGGGCGGCUACCAGGCACGGUCGAAGGCGCUCACGAAGCGGAUCGGGGACGCGUUUGAGGAGAUGCAGAAGGUGAAGGUGGACUGCGACAGCUUCGUGCGGUUGCAGACGAACGAGGGCGCGAUGGGCCCGGUCCGGGUGUCUGCGCUGAAGGAGGAGGUGGAGAAGCUGGAGAGGCGCGAGCGGUCGUUGCAGGAGCGGUAUGCGGAAUUGGAGACGGAGCGCAGGGAAUCGCAGGCACGGGUGGCUGUGCUGGAGGAGAAGAUGAUGGCGGAGGCGGAGGCGUUGAACGAGGCUGCUCUAGCGGAGGCGGAGGACGCGGCUGCGUAGUAGGCCUGUGUAUGUAAAUUGCUUUGUGUUACUGUAUCGCUUGCUCUAUGAUCUAUACUGCGACGCCAAGAUUCAUUGUAGUGUUGUCUAAUAGCCUUAUUGCUCGCUGUUGCAGUGAACCUCACGAUGAAUCGCGCGUGCACCUGUUGCUUCCUUGGACUUGUCUCAGUACGACAGCAUUGACACUGGGAGUGUAUGAUAUGUGAUGCAGUAGCAAGAUGUUCGGUGUCGAGUACAUCGUACGUAGCAUAGGUGGCAGAGGCACCCAGGACAAGCUUCAAUUCUGCAU